AUGCGCCCAAGUACCCUCUUCAGCGUCGCUUUUGCGACGUCGGUGCUCGCCCACGGCGGCGCCCAUUCUCAGAAGCCCAUAGUGGACUCCAACGCAGACUGGAUGACGAGGCACAUGGCGGAGGAGCAUCACGUACAGGGCUGGGACCCUGACUCCUUCUUCUCCCUCCACGACUUCAACAGCGACGGCUGGUGGCAAGCCUCCGAGCUUAUGCGCAUGUACGGCCUCUUUGACGACUCGAACAAGAACAUGGAGCAAAAGCAGAAAGACGAGAUCCUUGAAAUCCUGCUGGGCCUCCUCGACUCCGACGCCGACUUCUCGGUCAGCCGCAAGGAGUGGAUGGACUAUGUCGGCGCUGGAAAGACGCUCCCCGAUCUGGGCAGUGGACCUGGCCAUCACGGCGACGACGAGUACGAGUAUGAGAUCCAUCACUGGGAAAAGUACCACGAUGAGAACACAAAGCUCGAGGACUUGACACACCCCGAGGACAUUGAGCACUUCAAGAAGCACGACGAGAUGGAGGACGCCGAGGAGAGGCUCGAGGCCAUGCAGAAGCUCGCCAUCGUCGAGUCCAACAUUCCCCAAAAGUUCCGGCGACAAGCUUAA